GUGCAAUCGCCACCCGAAGGGACUAUGAUUGUCCCACAAUCCCAUGUUUAUCAAUUUACUCCGCGCUGAUGAGUCAAUUGAUACUCCCUCUUGACAUCGAUGUCGGCGAACGCGAACACUAAAAGGAGACCUAGAGUCCUGUUGACAAAUGAUGAUGGUCCGCCGGAUACUAAGGAGUCGCCGUACAUUUUCGGUUUGUACAAGCAUCUUACUGAACGCCUGGGCUGGGAUGUGGAAGUUGUGGUACCGAGCUCUCAGAAGUCCUGGAUAGGGAAGGCGUACCAGAUCAAAGAAAUAACGAAGGGAUCAUACUUUUACCCCACGAACCCAGAUGGAGAAGGAGAGAUAUCUCCCGUGUCACGUCCGCUGAAGGAAAAUGAAGUGGCUGAGUGGAUUUUGCUGGACGCAACUCCAGCGACCUGCGCUAACAUUGGUAUCCAUAAUAUCUAUCCUAACGAGAUUGAUCUAGUGGUAUCCGGGCCCAAUCUUGGUCGCAAUUCCUCAUCGGCGUUCGCACUCUCAUCUGGCACUGUCGGUGCAGCAAUGUCCUCGUCUUUAUCCAAAAUUCGUUCCAUUGCAAUAUCAUACGGUACCGUCACCCAUCCCACGCCGACCACGUACUUUGAACCAGCUCAUAUACUUGGUGCAAAUAUCAUUGAACAUCUCUGGCACACAUGGGGUUCGGACGAAUUUGGUCUCAAGAACAACGAAGUGGAUCUGUAUAAUGUGAACAUUCCCCUCAUCGAGCCGAUUCUCAGCAAUGAAGGUCUUAAGAUCUACUGGACGACGAUGUGGCGAACAAGCUACGGACGCUUGUUCAAGCCUAUUUCGGGUGAUUCGCCUCAAAGCUCAAAGAGUUCAACGCCUACAGAAAGCUUAGUUUUCAAGUGGUCUCCAGCAAUGGAGGGUUUAAUUCGUCCUGAUCACUCUUCGCUCGUCGUAGGAAGUGACGGUUGGGCUUUGCAUCACGGCGCGGUCAGCGUAACACCCCUUAGAGCCAGCUUUGCAGAGCCUGUCGAGGGUAUCCACCAGUUUGCCAACAUCGAGGAUAGAAUAUGGAAAGUAAGACUGUAGUCUACUGUGGAUAGAUAUAAUGGCAUUUUGAUUACAAUCGAAUGCUAUCACAGCGUCCCAUCUCAGAUUUGAACGUACAGUCACGGCUUUGCCUGUUAUUUGACCGCUCAGGAGUUGCUUGCGAUAUACUUUGAUGGAGUUUAUACUCCAGGUAGCAUUCUGUAGAUAAUGUCAAAUGGGAAUACCAACACAGAUACUACUUACAUCAAAAUUGGAUGGCUCCAUUAGCUGCUCUGAGCAUGUCCCUGGACAGCCUGAUGUUGCGUAUGAGUUGCCUGCCCAGUCGCCUGUAACGAGU